CUGCAACACACUUCUCUACACACACAAAAAGCCGUACACUGGUACAGACGGGUUGGUAUUACUUUUUUAUUUAUCUGCCCCGACUUCUUCCAUUGCCGUGCACAAUGCACUGAGUAUACAGCGAAGCUUUCUGGCCUCAGUCAUGUGACUGACCGUGAUAUGUUUUGCCGGGUCGUCGGCUAUCUGUAUGUGUAUAGGCUAAUGGUAAAAAGCCGCUUGUCCCAUUUUCCUUUGAUAACAACCUUAAUUUGCAGUAUAGGGCCUACAUGUAUAGGGGUGUGUGUGGACAUGUGAUGAACACACGGACGCGCCCCGGCUGUAGCGCCCGAGUCUAGCUACCACCGCACCUGAGUGUGUAACAGCCAGGUAGAGUAGGGCGGGUAUGUAAUCCCAGCCGGACCCAGCGCCCAACGUUCCCACGGGGGUCUAAUGAUGGAACAGGUGGGAAUGAAGGCGGUGUCAGGAACGUGAUGACAUUCGCUCUUCUGUGUACAGUAUAGGGAGCGUCACACAACCGGCGUUAAAGUUGUGAGGCCAUAAUGAGACUUCACCUGAGGAGGGCGUUGUUAUUCCUGAGUGUCCUGGCUCUGGUCAGUGUCCUGUCUCUCCACCUCUUACAGUCUGACACAUCCUGGCUUUUGGGUUUACCCGGUCAGAGAUUUUUGACGAAAGCCAGACAUUUCCAGGCUGGUUUCCCAACCACUUUGGAGCCGAAGCCGAACGUCUGGGAAAUCAACGAAAAGAGCGAUCGCAUCAUUGAACAGAUAAACUUCAAACCAAAAAACUAUGAGAAAACCAUGCUAAAGAACACGACAAAACCUAAACUGAUCUACAUCCACGGCGGAAUUGGCGACUUUAAUGCCAAACUAGGCAAAAAGGAAUUCCAGCGACAAGAGUGUCGCGUGCAGAACUGUUAUCUUACAAUCUCCGAAUUAGACGCUGCUAAAGCCGACGCCAUUCUCUUUAGACAGACUGUGUCUCUGGCAUUGUCAGACCGACUAGCUACUCCACAUCAAGUCUGGAUAUAUUUCACCUUGGAAGCUCCGUACUCUCUGCCAAGCUUCGAAGGACUAGAGAACAUUUUCAACUGGACAGCCACCUAUCGGCGAGAUUCCACGAUAGUUGCCCCCUAUGAAAAAUGGACGCCCUUUGACCCCCCUGUGGAUAGUCCGUCUGUCGACCGGAAUUUUGCCGCGGGAAAAACUAAGCAAGUGGCCUGGUUCGUCUCGAACUGUGGUGCGAAUAACAACAGAUUGGAAUACGCCCAUGAGCUUGGCAAGCACAUCGAUGUGGAUAUUUUUGGAUUUUGCGGCAAUAAUGACUGUCCCAAGUUCAAUCAGGAUUGCUGGGAGAGGCUCAAUGAAGACUACAAGUUCUACUUAGCAUUCGAAAAUGCCAACUGCCGUGACUAUAUCACUGAGAAGUUCUUUCAGAACGGAUUAGGGUAUGACGUCAUUCCAAUUGUCAUGGGAGCUCAUCCUGACGAUUAUCGCAAAGUGGCGCCACCACACUCCUACAUCAGCGUGGAAGACUUCGAAGAUCCGAAAAGCUUGGCGGAAUAUUUGAUCAAACUUGACAACGACGACAAAAAAUACAACCAGUACUUCCGGUGGAAGGGAACUGGGAGAUUUAUCAACACCAAAUUUUGGUGCCGAGUUUGUGCUUUACUCAAUGACGAAGAUAAGCCGACAAGAAUUAUCGGUAAUUUCCAGGAAUGGUGGAAUGGCGAAGGGAUAUGUCGCCGAACCCCAUGGACGUCUAAGCGAAAGUUUUAAUUGAUCACAUUAGAUGAUCUGCUACUGAGUAUCCAAAACACUUCCAUAAAUCUUGCUUUUGAUGACAUUUUUAGAGUUUAAUUAGUAUAAAUGUAGUGGCAAUUUUUGAGUUUUAUCGGCUCGAACAGUUUUAUUAUCAUUUAAUGUGAAGUCAACAUUUCCAUGCAUGACACAUCACUAUUACUCUGCAGAUCAGUGGAUGUGUAGUCAACGUUACGUUCCUUUAGUAUACCCGUCUGCUGCAAUACAUGUACAAUCAUAAAGUUAGAUGCCGCUCUUUUGUAUCGGAGCAUGUGACAACCUCUUCGUAACAAAAAUGCAUGGUCGUAGUCAAGUCGGCGGACACUAUCAACCAAACAGAUUUGAUUAGAUCCCAUCCGUAUUGCUGGUGCGAACUGCGUCUGAAUUUAGCAGAGUGGGUAGUCAAAGGAACGUAGCCUACAUAUCCAUGCUCUGCCGGGUAAAUCUUUUUUAUAUUCGUUUAAAUGAGGGAUAUAGCAUGCAUAGUUGUGUAAAGAUGUGUCCUUCAUAUAGUGUCUGUAUAUGUUUGUGACAUGUUGAAUCACUUACACGUCUUUGGACACCGAUUAUAACCAGAAUCCGGAUGUGCCAACAUGUAUUCUGAAAGAAUGCUACUUUCAUAAUAUUUUGAUGUGCUCUGUUACGAGAUUAGGCCAAUAUUUGUAUAUAUAUGGCUUGAACGCUUUUCAGGACCGCAACUGACCCAGUCCUCUAAAAAGUUGAUCUCCUCGCAGCCGAUCGGCUCCUUACCAAUGAGGUUGCCGGAACGAAUCCUGCUCUCGUUGGUUGGGCUGUGGUUUUGAUGAGCCAGGAGAUUUGUCAGGCACAUGGGAAACGGUGUGAUUUCCUCCGGCUUCCUCCACCAAUAAAACUGACUACCGUCGUAUUAAGUGGAACAGACAUGAGUACGGCGUUGAACACCAGUCAAAUAUAUAAUCGCUCUUCAACGACUCAUCACGUGACCUUUUGACAAGAAAAUUGCAUGAAGAUUACGAUCCGGCUUAUAUUAACAUAACGUAUAUUUCGUAUCUAAGUCACCGUAUCUAAGUACUUAUUGGAGGGAAAACCCGAUUUCCGUAAGGUGAUCAUGAGCAAGGCAAUGUUCUUAACGGAAUAAUAAGUAUUAACUCGCUUUGAAGCGAGCGGCGUUAUCUAUCCCUCUUGUCGUCAGAGUCUGUAGCUAUGGUUACUAGAUUUGCGCUAAUGACACGCCCCUAUUCUAGAUCAGAGUCUCAUUCAACUUUAUCAACCCAUCCAAUCUUCUAUUUCCCUCCCUCUACAGAAUCUGAGGUAGCGAUGAAACGAGAUAAUAUAAAACAACAGAGUGGAGCUCUCCUGAAUUUUCUGUGUUUUGAAGAUCUAAUUUAAAAGUUGGUGUCAGCUAGCUUUAUUCUGUUGAUCAGACGCCAAAAAAAAAAAAACAGGACCAUAUUCAUCAGAAUUAAUUUAAUUUGUUCGCUUAUUUCUUUACUAUUUUUGUGGGACAGAGACUGUAAGGGGCUAAACAGUUCAUCAGUGUGAGACUCUGAGCUAGUUCACGAAGUCUGGUCUGACCCUAUGUGUUAUACGUAUGGUAUAGGGUUAUUAUGUGGUGCAUGUUGACAUUCUGUUUUGCACUGGUCAUCAGAGCUGAUUUACCAGGAAGUGCACCGUAGGGCGCUAACUACAUCUAUUGCCUCAUCAUCUGGUCUAAUCAUCAUUGUUUUCACGGGGCCUACCAUAUGCCAUGAGGACAUUGAGGUCACCUGACUAAUUAAGCCACGCCGAUUAUAGGUUAAUUAUAACGUUGCUAGUGUAACUCAAUCAGACAACAGGCUGGUGUUAUUACACUGGGGGUGCAUGUUGUUCUGCCAACCUGAUGACUCGGUGACAAUUGCAGCGUCAUGCUCAACUAUUCCUACACAUGGUAACCCAUUCCCGUACAUGUGUCAUUAUUGCUGUGCACGUCUGUUUUACCAGCACUAACGCUUUAAAUGCUCUGGCUGAAUUGUAUGUGUGUGUAAGUAUGAAUGUAUGUAGGUCAGUAUCUAGCUUAUAAUAAAUUGUCUAAAUACGGGAGCCCUUGAUCUAUGAGGGGACUAAAAUUUACCAAAUUUACCUAUAGUCCUUUACCAAUGAGGCUGUUACGUCUUCGAAGCCAGCUGUAUCUUGUACAGCUGAAUGCGGCCUUAUAUUAUGUAUGUAUGUAUGCUGGGUAUUUAACGUCGUACUUAACAAUUUUUCAGACAUAUGGCGACCAGGAGUCAUUAGGUGUGUCUUCUUGUGGCAGAGCGAGCCCAUGCCGCCAAAGUGCUGCCGCCACUGAAGUACCACGCCGAAGACACCAGACAUGACGCCCCACCCAGUUACAUUAUAUUCACACCGGGCCAACCAGUCAUGUUUCCUUGCUAUAACCGGUCAGUGUUGAGCGCCAAGCGAGACAGCAGCAAGUUGCAUUUUUAAAGUAUGACACGACCCGAGUCUGAUCUGUCUCCUGUCUUCGAGGUAGACCGCGCUAACCAUUAGGUUACCCUAAUUAUUCUAAAAUUUGGGACAGAUAUUAGUUGUGUUGAAAGUAAAAUAUUACAUUUCUUUAACAUACUUUUGGAAAAGUAAAAAUAUGAGCGUGUUGUUCAUUAGAUGGUCUGUGUAAGGAAAAAG